AUGCAGCCUGUAAGUGAAUCAGCGAGUGAAGGGGGUUCUGAGCCAUGGCGUGGAGCAAUCCGGUCGGAGACCCGGGCGGUGCUCCAGGAGAUGUUGCAGGACAUUGGCCUGCCAGUAGGUGCUUCAACCCAGCCGCCUUCCCCCUCCAGGCAGCCAGAGUAUCGCAGGACGCCAUCAGCACCAGCCAGUCACUUGCGCUUGCCCCUGGGUCCUCCCCCCCUGAGUCGUACGAACUCAACCUCGCCUUGGGCUGGUGCAAGAAGCAUGUUUACUCGCGGAAUUUCGGAGGGAGGAGCGGAGGUAGUGCUCAACGAUGCAGCCAUCGCCUCAACGAUGCACGAAUGGCACCGGCACCCUCGAAAACACAGGUCACGCAGCGCAUCGCCGGCCAAUAAGAAGUUUCGUAAAUUUACUGGGCAAGGCAGUGGGAGCCGAUUUCUUCGGGCCCCAAGCAUGCCAGCAGAAGAGCAACUGAUCCGAACAUCUCGGAGGUAUGGGCAGAUGACCAAUCCCUUGCUCAUCAAGGAGUUAUCUACGCCAGCGGAGUCCAGACUGGCCGCUUUGGUUGAGUCCACAGAGUUCAGUGGCUUCAUCGGCGCAAUGAUACUGGCCAAUGCCCUCUCGAUAGGCUUGCAGACCCAGCAUGAAGCUGACACAUGGAGCCUUUCAAUACCGCCAGGAUUCGCCAUCAGCGAGAUGAUUUUUGCCGGCGUCUUCGCAGUGGAGCUGACCCUUCGCAUCACCGUGGGGGGCUGCGAGUUCUUCACGGGGCCAGAACGCAGCUGGAACUGGUUCCUGGGAUUCUUGGGUGCUGCGCAGGGCAAUAUGAGUGUGUUCGGGUGGACAGUUGACAUUUUGGCCAUCAUGACAGCCAUUGUGAAGGGGAUGCGCUCCUUCAUCUGGACACUCGCUUUCAUGUUCCUGGUGCUCUAUGCAGUGGGCGUCUUCUUGACGCAGUGCGUGACCGACUACAAGGUGGGAGUUUUUCAAAGUAGUCCUUCAUCCCGACUAAGGCCUGUACAACUUCUUGAAAAAUCCCAGGACCCCAAGAUAAUCCAAAAACCUACACAUGUUGGGUUUUCUGCUGUUCAGUAA